AUGGAGAACAAGGGUUCAAGUUCAAGAGCUUCUGCGGCGCCACCAACGGAGCUAUUCAUACCAGUGGCAAAUUUGGUGAGGAUCAUGCGGCGUGUGGUACCGCCACAUGGAAAGAUUGAUGACGAUGUGAAGAAGAUUGUUCAACACUGUGUCUCAAAAUUCAUUGGCCUGAUAACUGCCGAAGCUAACAUACAUUGUCAGAGCGAGAGUCGUAGAACGAUUAUCACCGAUGACAUUCUGCAGGCCAUGGCCAAACUAGGGUUUGAUGAUUAUGUUAACCCACUUUCCCUUUACAUGUUCCGUUAUCGUGAGGCGGAGUCAUUGGGGAUGACAAGACGACCCGUCAUGACUUUGGGGCCAAUUCUAGACCCAACGGGCAAUCCAGUUUUGCAGGCCCAUGAUGUAGUUGGGUCGCAUGGACCGUCGAAUGUGAUGAAUGGCAAAAGAGGAAGGGACGGUUCUUCUCGCUCAAGUGACCCUAAUGUUGGACCUGGACCUGGACAUGGACAUGGACUUAGACUAGAAGGUCCUAAUUGA